CUACCAUUAUUCUCUGUCAUUUCAAAAUAUAUUCCUCAUUCUCUCUACAAUCUCAGAAAGCUUACCAUUUUAUUCUUGAUUUCAAACUAUUCAAUUCUUGAUCACUUAUACCUCAUACCAUGUCUAUCGCAGAACUCUCAGAUCACCCUAACCAAUUGUACAACAAACCAUUCCACUGGAGGAAUGACUCUGGAGAGCUCGAUGUUUUCGAGGCUGCCCGAUACUUUUCCGGUGGUGGCACCGAUGAAGUUCCAGCCAGUGGCGCAACUUCGGCGCAAAAGACAUCUGUUCCCCGAACUGCUCAAAUAAGCCUAGAAAUGCCUAUCACAAGAAGUUCAAUUCCAUCACAAACUUAUGCAAUGGAAAAGCAAAACUUGAAAGAGAAGAAAAACAAGCAACCUAGCUCUCCAGGUGGUAGACUUGCUCAUUUCUUGAAUUCCCUAUUCAAUCAGGCUUCACUAAAAAAGAAGAAAUCAAAAAUCGGGGCCAAAACGGCUAAGGAUGAAGAAGAAAGCCCUGGUGGAAGAAGGAAGAGAAGAAGUAGCAUUAGCCAUUUUAGAACAGCAAGCAGUACUACAGAUUCUAAGUCCUUUUACUCAUCUUCAAGUUCAGGUUUUAGAACACCUCCUCCUCAUGCAAAUACUCCCACAAAAUCGUAUAAAGAAAUCAGAAACUUUUCAGAUUAUAAGCAAAUUAUUUCUGUGCAAAAAUUUAAUGGAAACGUCAAGAAUGAUUAUUCUUCUUCAUGGUUGGAUGAAAAAUUCAAGUUCAGGAAUGGAUAUUCAGAGAUCAACUGGGCAGAUAAGUAUCCAUCAGAAGAAAAUGAAUUCAGAAAAAUCAGUGAUGUUGAUGAUGGAGCAGAUAGUGAUUCAAGUUCAGACCUGUUUGAUUUACCAAAUCAUGAGUUGGAAUUUUACUCAAGUGAUCCGCCUGUUUAUGAAACAACCCAUAUUGACAGCAUCAAGAGAGCUGCACCAAUUUCUAGCACUGGCAAAGUAUAAUUUCCCUUUCUUGUUAAUGUGGGCUGCCCUGUCGACACUAUUAAGGGAAAAAAAAUGUUCAAAUUUUGUUCAUUGUCGACUCCAGUUUGUCUCAAUGAGUGAUGAUACUGGACACUACAAUGAAUAAAAUUUCAACUUUUUUAUUAUUUAAUAUUGUCAAUUACAGUUUAGUCCACUUUAUCAGACAUGUCCUCGAUGUUAUAAGAUUUGUUUUGUUCUUGCUCAUGUUUGUAAAUUGCAAGAAAAUUGGUGAUUUUUGUUUAUAUCAGGCUGUAGAUUCUGUUUUCAUUUUUCUUAUCCAAAA